AAACAAGCAGAAAGGAAGAAAUUGCUGUGCGACGAUUUGAAUGAUUGGCUAAGUCGUCAGGGCAAAAAGCCCCUGUAUGGUUUCAUGGAGGAUAACAGAUGGAAGAAAGUCGGUGAUGUAUACGUUCCCGUAGAUGAUAUCAUUGAUCUCACGUCCUGUGAGCCAUCUGUGGAAAUUGAAACACUGCCUGUGAAGUAUGUGAAUUUUUAUGCAAACCUUGAUUUGUCGGCUGUGGCAAUGGUGUACCUGGAAGAGGUAAGCACCACCAUUUUUAUGGGACAAAAUCACCUUUGA